CCUAGCUACAAAGCCUGUGGCUGGAGGAUCCACAGGGCCACACGGGCCUUGCUCAGCUUCCCUCUUGUCCACGGAGGUCUCUGCUUCCUCGGCAAUUCAUCUCACACUGGCUGUGGUGGCUGCCUGGAUCCUGCCCUGCCCUGGUCUCUUCUCCUCAGAGCAUCCCUAGUCCUUCCCUUCCUGCCCCAUCCCAGCUGAGAAGAGGACCUAUGGCCUGGGAGGCCACAUGCCUGCUAUCCUCCAUCCUGCUGGUGCUCCUAGCCUCAGGUUCCUGGGCACAGAACACAGUGUUUCUUCAAGGAGCAGAGGGCAAGACCGCUGUGGUGAAAUGCCAGUAUGAUUCCAGCCAGCGCUUCAAGGAGAAGGUGUGGUGUCAGAAAACAUCAGCAGAAACUUGUGAAAUCUUAGUGUCCAGUCACAGCCCAGAUGCUCAGCGGUCAAAAUUCUCCAUCAGGGACUAUCCUGAUUAUCAAUUCUUCAGUGUCACCAUGACUGCGCUCACGGUGAGAGACUCGGGUGUCUAUUUCUGUGGGAUCGCUGAAAAUCUCAGAAGAAUCUCUAUUCUCAGAAACAUCCACCUGAAGGUGUCGAAAGCUCCAACUCCAUCCACGGCCUCCUGGAGGACAACAGCCCUGGCCUCUGCCACCAGCCCUGUCAUUGGCAGGAGCCCUCCAGAUAACUGGAUGUGGAAGGUCAUCAUUGCUGGUGUGGUAGUGGCCAUCUUGCUACUGCUCGGACUUGUGGUCCUUGUCAUCCUGUACCUUGGGAAUGCUCGACGAAGAGCCCAGAAAGUUGAGAACGAAUGUCACCAUAUUUAUGAAGACUUUCCAGGCCAGCAGGAGGAAACCACGGCCUUCAGUCAGCAGACCCUCUCCAGUGAGGACACUGAGAUCAUCUGCUAUGCUUCCCUCAUCCACCUCAACCACGUGAGCCCUCAGGACUCCGUCUCUAGCAACAUCCAGCCCUACCCGAAGCCCUCGCCUGACCCCCUUCUGUCUGUGGAAUAUGCUAGCAUCUCUAAAAACAGACUCCAGUCUUCCAAGGCCCCAAGAGGUGGAGACCAGGAACUGAGGCUGAGCGCACAGGGCAGAGCAUGCAGAUUGUGUAAGUUCCCCAGGAACUCCAAGUCAGCAGGGGAUGUCUGCCCAAGCCCCAGCUCCUCCCCAUACCAGCCUGUUUCUAAAACCAUCCUGCUCGGGGACUCUGGUGACCCUGCCAGGAAGAAUACCAAGAGGCGGGCAGUGCCCAUCAUUGAUCUGUCUUCUGAGGCAUUUCCAACCACAGCGGACCCAGGGAGCUUCCUUCCCAUAGCCAGCCGCACAUCUCUGUCAGAGCGUAUCCGGGAUCCUCUGCCUUCGAGAGGACCGCCAUUCUCUCUGCUAACUGUGUCUAACUACACCUUCUAG